AUGCCCUUCAAGCCCAUUGAUCCGGGAAUGUUCGAAUUACACAAGCGCACGGCAGAGUUCAACUCGGUAUGCACGGACCAGGCCAGCAAAGGCGCUCCACAAGGUGAUAUCAUGAGCUGCUACAACUACCUGAACAACGUGAACAAAAAUUGUGCCGUAACAGGCGGCAAUAAUAUGGAGCAGGUGUUUUGCACCGCGGGUAACGCCAUGGUUGUCGGCAUGAACAUUGGUUCCGUAUUUGGAGGGACGAGUUCCAGAUGGUGCGAAAUCAUUUUUUCCAUUAUAUACCACAGCACAAAGGUUGAGAAAGAGCUGACAACAUCGAAAUUGUGCAGUGACUAUGUCGCGUUUGCUGUUCGUUGGCCCUACAUUAAUUGUUUAAAGGCUGUUCCAUUUCAGAACAGCGCACUUGUAGCAACUGGAUCUUGUGCCGCGUAUGGGAAUGGAGCGUUGAGGGUGGACACUGCUUUGGUAGGCAGCGAGUGA